CUCUAACUGUUGUUACACGUCGAAUUUCAACUUCGGUACAGAGACGACAGACUUUUGAUGUUUCUAUUGAUGACUCGAGUUAAAAUAUAAGAUAAGUUUUGGUGAAUUUGUAGUUCUGAUAUAUAAUACUUAUGUUAUUGUAACAAAAUUAAAAUGAGGGCAGCUUUGCUGAGUCUGAGCAGUCUUCUUCUGACUGUUGCUGUAGUCGGAAAUGCCUAUUAUCAGAAAAAGCAGUUUUAUCCCUCUGUGGUAUAUAUAACUAAGUCAAAUCCCAGUAUGGCUGUUAUUUAUUUGCAAGCAUUUGUUCUCGUCCUCAUGAUGGGCAAAUUAAUGCGAAAAAUUUUCUUUGGCCAGUUGAGAGCUGCAGAAAUGGAGCACCUCAUUGAAAGAUCAUGGUAUGCUGUAACUGAAACAUGCUUAGCAUUCACUGUUUUUCGAGAUGAUUUUAGCCCAAAGUUUGUGGCUCUAUUUACGUUGCUUUUAUUUCUGAAGUGUUUUCAUUGGCUCGCAGAAGACAGAGUGGAUUAUAUGGAAAGGAGUCCUGUAAUCUCUUGGCUUUUUCAUAUAAGAGUUUCAUCUCUCUUGAUCCUGCUGGGUGUCUUGGAUUAUUUCUUUGUAAGCCAUGCUUAUCACAGCACAAUAACAAAAGGAGCUUCAGUCCAAUUAGUAUUUGGAUUUGAAUAUGCUAUCUUACUAAGUGUUGUGCUGAAUAUUUUUAUGAAGUAUGUUCUGCAUUCAUAUGACUUGCAAAGUGAGAAUCCCUGGGAAAAUAAGGCAGUAUUUCUUCUGUACAGUGAAUUAGUUAUGGGUUUGUUUAAAGUGUUACUGUACUUCAUGUUUAUGACAAUAAUGAUAAAAAUACAUACGUUUCCACUGUUUGCAAUACGACCUAUGUACUUGAGUUUACGGGCACUGAAAAAAGCUGUCAAUGAUGUCAUAAUGUCCAGGCGUGCUAUACGAAAUAUGAACACUCUUUAUCCUGAUGCAACAGCUGAAGAACUGGCUACCGUAGAUAAUGUGUGCAUCAUUUGCCGAGAAGAAAUGAUGGGUUCUGGAAGCAGUAAGAAACUUCCUUGUAAUCAUAUAUUCCAUGCUUCAUGUUUGAGAUCAUGGUUUCAGAGGCAACAGACAUGCCCAACUUGCCGUAUGGAUGUUUUAAGGGUGCCUACACCGGCACCUACUCAAAAUAUUCCAGCUGCAGGUGCAGGAGUCCAAGGUGCACAAGCUCAGCAACCUCAAGCUGCAAAUAUUGGAAAUUGGCCUGGAUUUAUGCCUGGUGCUUUUCCUGGUGCUUUUCCAUUUUUGGUACCUCACAUAGCCCCACAACCACCACCACUUGUUGAACAACCAGCUGCUCAACCUGUUACGCCACAGCAGCCAUCAGCUCCUGCCUCAAGUCAGGCUAGUGCAUCUACUGAAGCAUCUUCAUCAUCAGCUGCAGGAGCAUCUGCAUCAGCUGCCAAUAGUGGAUCUCAUGCUACUAAUACCAGUCCUGUAUUUAUGCCUCCUUUCCCAUGUAUGCCCUUCUUACUACCUCCACCUCCACCUGUUCCUGCUACAGAUCUGAGUUCUUUGUCUGUAGAAGAACUUCAAGCUUUGGAAGGUCAAGAACGAGAGAAUUUAGAAGCAAGAAUACGAUGUCUGCGAAAUAUACAGACUCUGCUGGAUGCUGCAGUAAUGCAAAUGCAACAAUACAGUUCUGUUGUAGCAUCCUUAAGAACUGUCAGUGUGAAUUCAACAAGUCAGAAUGUUGCAAAAAAUCCAAAUAUCUCAAAAUCUGAAAAUGUGCCAACUAUGAAUGGAGGUCACAUUAGCAGUACAGAGCCUUUGCAGUCAACCACAACAGUCAGUGAUUCUCAUGAAGAAUUGCGGCGCAGGCGGCUCCAGAGGUUUCAAGAGCAGGGUCAUUCUGCUCCUGAGCAAGGAGGAGAUAACCAUGACCAGCAAGUUUAAUUUUUGAAGAGAGUGAUAGAUUUCAAAUAUAUUCUGUCCAUUUGUUUGAUUGUUUGGGAACUUUUUCAUGCUGCAUAGCAGGAGUGCUUAAUCACUUAUUUAAGGACACAAUAUUUUGCAGCAAAUUUAAAGUGAUCACUUAAAAUAUCGUGUCAUAUUAUGUACAUAUUGUAAUACUGAUAAUAAAAAGAAACUUUUUUAAGUGUUCAAAUUUCACAAUAUAAA